AUGUCUCCCAAGAUUGAAGGAAUUAUUGCUGCCGUUGUCACCCCAAUGACUGCCGAUGCUAAGUCGGUAGACUUGGACAAUAUCAAGCCUCAGGUUGAGCGUUUGGCUGAAGCUGGCAUUCACGGUAUUGUUACUACGGGCACUACUGGUGAAUUUCCAGCACUUAGCCUUGACGAACACAAGAGCGUUAUUAAGGCAUAUGUGGAUGCUGCCAAGGGAAGAUUCCCUGUUAUCGCUGGUCUUGGCUUCAACAGCACCCAGUUGGCUAUUGAAAUGGCUCAGUACUCUGAAUCGGUUGGUGCUGCUGCUUGCAUGAUUGUCCCACCAUUUUAUGAUCCACUUCCUUUCAAGUCGCUUUACAAGUUCUACGAGGAUGUAUGUGGAUCAAUCAACAUUUCUGUGAUGUACUACAACUUGCCAGGUGCUACGGGAGUUCACCUUACUGCUGCUCAGUUCAGAGAGUUGUCUAAGAUCAAGGGUUUCGACUACAUGAAAGAUACUUCUGGUAAUGCCAAGGAGUUGGCUGAUCUCUUGACUAACCCUCCAGAUGGCCUUCAGCCAUUCAACGGUUGGGAUACUCUCACCUUCUUCUCCAUGGCACAUGGCGCUAAAGCUGGUGUUUGGGGUGUGGCCUCGGUUGUUCCAAAGGAAUGCGUUGAGUUGUGGAACACGUUCACCAAGGAGAAGAACUUGGACAAGGCUAGAGAACAGUGGAAAUUCCUUUGGGAGGUGAGCGACUUCUUCGAAAGCGUCUGCUACCCUGCUGCUGUCAAGGCUGGUCUUGAGAUUGUGGGAUCUUCUGCUGGCCCAGUGAGAGCUCCUACCUUGCCAUUGGAAAAGAAGGAAUACGACAGAUUGGCCGAGAUUCUCAAGAAGAGAAAGUACUGA